AUGCCUUCCAGUUUCAGCAAUGAUGUGGAGUCAUGCGCGACAAAGGUAUGUACGAACUUUCCGGAAACACACUAGAAAUUUAGAAAAUCAACUAAGGUUUUCCAUAGGAGUUUGGGAUAAUGACUCGGACAAAAGCAGUCGAUAUCAUAAUAAAUCGCACAAAGUCUCUCGAACGAUUGUUAGUGCACAGAAAUCCAGUUUCUUGGGAAGAAAGUCAGAAAGUGGGCAUCGAAGAUGAACUUGAUAGGCCAGCAGUAUUAAAAGCGGACUUUAGAAGACGUCAAAUGAUGGGAAAGCCUGAGUAUGAAUUUGAGGAUAUAGCCCUUAAGCAUCGUCAGAUCAUCGCCAUGGUGAAUAGGGGGUUGAAUAAUCUUUUCCGCUAUACUUUAGAGGCGAGAUUACAGAUUCUGAAUGAGCAUCGUGAGGAAUUUCAGAUGGAUAUAAAGACUAUUGAGGAGUACUUAUUUCUCUUGCAAAAAUUAGAGCCAGUACAAUGCAAAGGUUGGGCUCAAAAAAUCAGGUACGUCAAACGUUACUUCCCCAUAAGCGUAGGUAGCAUUCGCUUUGGUCGAGUGCUGACUUAUUCUACCCAUUUAGUAUUGCCUCUAAAAUGAUGAAUGAUUCCACUAUCAUGCGUACCAAUAUCGAGGCUCGUAUCCAAGAGGUAGAAGAUUUUCACUUAGAUGCUACGACAGAAAAGCUCAACCGGGAAAUCAGGGCACAGAUGGUGAUUGAUCUUGGAGUAAGGCGGGGCACUUACGGGAACACGCUGGUGAGUUGUAUUACCAUUUACAGUGAUUUAAUGGACAUAUAUAAGUUGUUGAAUACCCUUUUAACCUUGUAUUUAUCACAGAGCCUCCGCGAUCACGAGAAGCAUCCACAGUUGAAGUAUCGAGAGCUGAUAAAUGUUGAAUCUAUGCGGGAGCAAAGUAAAGAGGAUAAGGGUGGUUUCUAG